AUGUGCUGUGGCAGCUCCAAAGACGUGAAGCCGGCAGCAGAGCGAGGUCCUUCAAGCAUGGGGAUAUACCGCAACAGCUACCUCCCCAUGAAGCCGAAGGAGGCUGCAGAGGACAGGUUUCAAAGGGACAUGUACCAGGCGCCAAUGUGGCAUAAGAAGAUGACGAGCCAGCGGAACAUCCAGGGCCUCGAGCAGUUCAAGGGAUUUCCUCUGCCCGGCGAGAAGCGCGCUUCAAGUCCAGCAAGCUCAGGACGCUCGUCCCCAGUCGAGACAAUUUCAAGCAAAGCCCGUGCCUCAGCAAGUCACUACCCAAAUGUACCGCUCGGAGACAGGCGACCUUCCAUAGGGCGCUUCAACGGGACCCCAGCCUACGGAUGGAUGGGGGAGCGAGAGAGGGAUCACUCCCCCCCAACAUCCAUAUCAACAAUCGAUCCUAGAGAGGAGAGCAAAGAGAAGACUUCCCAUUCAUCCAUAACGGUAGACCUAGGAUGUAGGGAAAAGGUCGAAGUCGUGGGCGAGUCAUAG